AUGAAUUUACCAAAACAAAGGAUAGUCAACUCUAAUAAUUCAAUCGCUGACAGAAUAAAUAAUGUAUUACCAGAUAACUCGGACAAAAAAACUGGAUCCUAUAAUCAUAAAAGUAAACAACCUUUGCUUUUUUUGAAUGGGAAAAGUCCAUAUAUAAAAAAUAUAACUUUAACUAAGGCUCAUUUUUUAGAUAGUUAUUCUAAGGCAAAGUGGAAUUUAUCUGAAGUUCCUUGUCCAGCAAGUUUCCAAGAAGCCAACAUGAUGGUUCCACCUGAAAGUUACCAUGAAGAACAAAGAUUAAAAACAGUAAGAUUAUACAUGGACAAAAUACAAUGGAAGGAUAAUAACUUUUUUAAUAAAAUUUUAGUCAAGACAAUUAAACAUUUUUUAGUUUCUGGCGCUUCAGUAUCCCUAGUUGCACAAAAAGCCCAAAUUAUUAAACACAAAAUCGGCUUAAAUAAUACUGAAUGUGCUAGAGAAAUAUCUCUUGAUGCACAUACUAUUUUAUCAAAAGGAUCCUUUGUUAUUUCAAAUACUGCGUCCGAUUGGAGGACGAAGGGCAACCCCUGCGUCAAGGGCUAUCCAUUUAUUAAAUUUUAUGCAGGCAUUCCUCUAGUGACUUCAUUUGGGCACGUGAUCGGAGUUUUGGCUAUUUUUGACCAAAAACCUCAUCCAGAAUUAACAAAGGAUAACGUUGGAUAUUUAACAAUGCAAGCCAAAAAAAUUAUGACGCAUUUAUUAGACAAUAAUCGGAGCAAAUUAGAUGGUAAAAAAAUAGAGAACGAGGAAGCAUUUGGAAUGGACAAAGUGCUUGUUGCAUCUGAUGAUAACAACAACAAUAUGCAUGAUCUUAUACUGCAAAUUGGAAGAGCGACUUCCUUUAGAACAACUCUGGACGUAAUUUUUGAAAAGGAUGGUUCAGGAAGUUCCUAUGUUCCUAAUAAGCGUUUGAAGCUGGGUAAAACAAACUUGAAUUUGAAAAAAAUGUCACAACUAGGUUCACAAGAGUUGGCAAACCAGUUGCUUAAAUAUAUUGAUUUUAAAAUUGCCUCGCACAAAUUUUGCCAGUAUCUUGCCCAAAAAUUUUUUUUCAAUUUUGUUUGCGUAGCAGAAAUCCGCAUUAUGCAACCAAUGAAAAUUAAUGAGAAAUAUCUUCCAAAUAAUAAAUACGCUUUCAAUGCAGAAAAUUUUGAAUAUAGAGAUAAACUUAUUGCAAUUGACAACAAAACGAUUAAAAUUAGACUUCUAGGCUCUGCUGGCAUUAAUAAUGCAGAACAAAAAGUUUUAGACGACAACGGAUUAUUUUAUAGAGCAUUUGAUUCAGAUUUUGGGAUUUAUUAUCUUUCUUCAUUGGGUUCAAAAACCAAAUUUAAAUCAGGACUUUUAAUGCCAUUUUCAAGAACUGCUAGAACCAUAGUGAGAAACAAUAUUAUGUCAAAUAAAAAAGAUAAAAUACACAAAAGUAGAAAUAAUGACGGAAAAUGCGAAAAAGAAAGUAGAGAUGAAAGAGGAAAUAGUAUUGUUAGUGUAAUGCUAAAAUCAGGUGCCUAUAUGACUUGUUGUUUUUCAUUUCAAGAAGAAAAUGCUCCAAGAAGUGACGAUGUCAUUAGUGACAUAUUUGGCAAUUGCUGUUUAUUUAGAAACUUGUAUAAUGUUCGCUAA